UCAUCCCACAACCAUCCAAUAAGAGUCUAUUCAGUUACCUGAAACAAAAAACCCAACCUUGAGCCAAAAUGUUCGACUGGACCGGUAAGAAUGUUGUCUACUCUGGCAGCUUCAGCGGAAUCGGCUGGCAAAUGAUGAUGCAGCUGAUGCAGAAGGACAUCAAGAUGAUGGGCAUAAUGCACCGCAUGGAGAACGUCGAGAUGAUGAAGAAGCUGCAGGCCAUGAAUCCCUCGAUCAAGGUUGUCUUCAUGCAAAUGAACCUCAUGGAGAGGAUGUCGAUCGAUCAAGCGAUGAAGAAAAUGGGCCAGAUGAUGGGCCACAUCGAUGUGCUGAUCAAUGCCGAGAAUGUGCUGCUCGACAAGGAUAUUGAGAUGACGAUGGGCAUGAACCUGACUGGCAUGAUGCACGCCACCAUGAUGGCCAUGCCCUACAUGGACAAGACCCAGAUGGGCAAGGGUGGCAUGGUGGUCAACAUGUCCUCCGUCUACGGAUUGGAGCCCUCUCCCGCCUUCGCCGUUUAUGCUGGUGCGAUGCACGGCAUCCUGGGUUUCACCCGUUCGAUGGGUGACAAGAUGAUCUACCAGAAGACUGGCGUUAUGUUCAUGGCGAUGUGCCCCGGUCUCACGAACAGUGAGAUGAUGAUGAACCUGCGCGACAACGUCACCUGGCACCACUCCGAACCGAUGGUGGAGGCCAUCGAGAGCGCCAAGCGCCAAAUGCCCGAGGAGGCAGCCAUGCAGAUGAUCCACGCGAUGGAGAUGAUGAAGAACGGCAGCAUGUGGAUCGUCAGCAUGGGACAGCUCAAGGAAGUCAUGCCCCAGAUGCACUGGCAGAUGUAAAUGGUCCAGCUAAUAAAGACAGCCACGUUUCAGAGAUUGCAAAA